AGCGCGCACAUGGCCUUCAUAGCAUGCAUGCGACUAUAUCCAUGGCCGCAACUCCGUCCUGACACCUUCCACAAAAAGAUCCUGUCAUGCGCUACUACCACAUGUCCACCGAAUCUACAACACCGGCGACAUUAGGAAGCCGAUUGCAAUAUCGACUCAGUACAGAGGGUGCAAGACCGUCGCUGUGGGGUCAUGCAACAAGCCUUCGGCAGGCCACCUCCCUGUUAAGAUUCAAGACGGGGUAGUAUGCAGCGUAUAGUAGUACUCCACUAUUAGGUCCAGUCGUACCCGGUAGGUCCGAAGGUACUGUAUAUAACGAGGUACCCGCCAUGGAUCAUUUCCCCUCUAUUCCUUCCCAGCGGGUUCAGACUAUUCCUUAAUUGCCAGCAUAUUGGGUCAUCAUGACAUGGUUUACACCCCUUUUUCUUGGAGCCGCAGCCCUUCCUUUUGCAUCUGCGCUCCCGUCAAACACACCGAGAGACAUAGGCGCCUAUGCCAACGUCAAUCCUAAAAGACAGAAUGAUGUACCAAAUAGAGCGGCCAGGGCACAAGCGGUAGUCGACACGUUCAAGUUGAGCUGGGAAGGCUACUAUACGUACGCCUUUCCAAACGACGAACUCAAACCAGUUACAAAUGGUGUUAGCAACUCACGAAACAAAUGGGGUGCGUCCGCCGUAGACGCACUAUCCACUGCCUUGAUAAUGAACGAAAAGACCAUUGUGAACCAAAUAAUCUCCUACAUCCCCAGCAUAGAUUGGUCCGUCCCGCUCGAUGAGGUCUCAUUGUUUGAAACAACCAUCCGGUACCUGGGCGGCAUGAUCUCAGGCUACGACUUCCUCACUGGCCCACUAGCCCACCUAGCAGACGACAGGGAGAACGUUGAUGCACUACUGGCGCAAAGCAUUAAUCUUGCGAACAAUCUGAGCUAUGCUUAUGAGACACCGAGUGGCGUGCCGUGGAAUAACCUCAACUUCGCGACUCGGGGAAAUGAUGGAAAGGCCAACGGCCUCGCUACUGUUGGCACUUUAAUCCUCGAAUGGACACGUCUUGCUGAUCUCUCUGGCAAUUACACUUAUGCGGAUCUUGUCGAGAAGGCGGAAAGCUACUUGCUCGAACCCUCUCCACCAUCCUCUGAGCCCUUCCCUGGGCUGCUGGGUAUGAGAAUCAACACGACGACUGGCGAAUUUCUGGACGCGAGAGGAGGCUGGAUAGGCGGCGCAGACUCAUUCUACGAAUACCUGAUUAAGAUGUGGAUAUACAACCCUGAGCGCUACGCUACGCUGAAGGAUCGCUGGAUCGUCGCUGCAGACAGUACUAUCAAGUACUUGACCUCGCACCCCCAAACCCGGCCUGACUUGACGUUCCUAGCAGCGUUCAAUGGCACGACGCUCGACCUGAGCAGCCAGCAUCUAGCGUGCUUUGACGGUGGGAACUUUAUUCUCGCUGGCCAAGUCCUUUCGUCACAGCGCUACAUCGACUUUGGCCUCACCCUCGUAGAUGGCUGCCACGACACUUACACACAAACUGCGACUGGCAUUGGCCCGGAAAGCUUCUCCUGGGACCCUGCUCGUGUGCCUGCUAACCAAACUGCCUUCUUCAACCGCACAGGCUUUUACAUUACCAGUUCCGAUUACGUUCUCCGCCCAGAAGUCAUCGAGAGCUACUACUACGCGUACCGUGCCACCAGUGAUCCAAAAUACCAGGACUGGGCGUGGGAUGCGUUUGUUGCUAUCAAUGCUACGACGAGAGUGGGGAGCGGGUACAGUUCGAUCAACGACGUGAAUGCAGCGGGCGGAGGUGGCUUUCAAGAUUUCCAGGAAAGCUUCUGGUUUGCAGAGGUGCUAAAGUAUAGCUACUUGAUUCAGGGGCCUGAGGCGGAAUGGCAAGUGGGCAAAGAUGGAAAGAAUUCUUGGGUUUUCAAUACAGAGGCACAUCCUUUCAAGGUACUUGGCACAGAGAAGCGAAGCCAGUGAAGAUCGUGCGCGCGAGCGACUUGAUAUCGCGGGGUAUAUAAUGUGGAUGAACAAGGUUGUGAACCUGGAGACACGUCGUGUUGCCUUGAUCAAGUGCUACUCGAAGAAACCGCCGUCGCUCUCCUCGGCCUCUUCUUGUGCCUUCUGGGCCUUAGCCGCGCCAGCCUUCCUUCUUUCUCGACGAUUUUUACCCUCUUCAACAUCCUCGUGCUUUGUGAUGCUCUUCGUAAAUGCUUUCUUC